AUGGCGCCCCCAAACGAGCAACCAGCGAAGCGCCGAAAGCUUCUGCCUCAGGGCAGUGCUAAUUCUCGUGAUCUCAUUGAUGUAGGUAGCGAGAUACUCAUGGUCAAGGUUGGGGGUGGCGACGACCCUGUCGAACCGAACGUAGCAGGCGAAAAUUGCGACAAGCCCGAGCACAGCAACGAAUGGGACGACAGCGAUACCGACUCACACAUUUCCAAACAACGCAUCUUCCAUAUCCACAAAAGCGUUCUCUGCAAGACGUCCGCUUUCUUCCAAAACGCGACGAAGCCAGAGUGGUCUGGUCCAACACCGCGCCCUAUAGAUCUUUCCGACGAGUGCCCUGAUACCUUCCAUUUGUAUGUGCAAUGGUUGUACAGUGGAAAGAUUGCCGUCAAGACCAAGCCGCUCAGUGACUCGGACACGGGAGAUCGCAAGCGGGAAAGUGUGAAUCAGCAUUCGAUGAUUCAGUCGUACGUUCUUGGAGAAAGGCUCAUGGACCCCACAUUUCAGAACGCAGUACUGCAGUGUUUGAUCGAGUGCGUAGAGCAAGAAGACAGUUAUCCCGGCGACCAGACUAUCAAGAAGGCCUAUAAGCGCACGACAAAGCACUCGCCUCUUCGUAAAUUGCUGGUCGACUUCUGGGUGUGGCACGGCGACUCUGAGUGGGCGGCUGAUGACAUGAACACGAGUCUGGGGACCGAAUUCACGAACGAUCUACUUAAGGCUAUGCUUGAACUGCGUCCUGGCCCAAGUGAGGAUGCAGAACAGGUUCAGCCUCCUUGGCUGAACCAUCCAGAGACCUACAACAUAAAAGAGAACAAGAAAACGGCCAAGGACACCAGCAACAGCGGAGACGUUGCCAAAGAGUAG